AUGAUUGAUCCGAAUCAUCCUUCCAUCAUUUUAAAUGAAGAAGAAGGGAAUGAUAAGGUUCGGAAGCGAAAGGCUCAUCCAAGUACAGCUACAACGUACGAGACAUCAUCCUCCUCCAGUAGCAGCAACAACAAGAACAACAUCCAGCCUCAAAGGAAAUUAACAAAAUUACGGCAUGCAUCAAACGAUUAUACUUUGAUACAUUUUCCAGAACAAGUCGGAAAAGUGGAAUCCAUCACUUGGUUGGUAAAGGAAGGACAAUGCAUUCUUGCGUAUGAGCCAUUAGGAAAAGUGGUGUACACUUUGAUGAAUGGAAACCGAGAAGCAAUGACGAUAGUAAGCAAUGCGCCUGGAAAAGUCGAACAAUUGUUACGGCUUGACAAACCUGCAUCAUCAUCACCAAACCAAUUAUCGGAACCACAAAGAAUAUUUCUUAAAGUUUAUAAUUGCAAUCAUCCAGAGACAUGGAAGGAAUUAUGUGCCCGAUGCAAUGGUUCUUGCUCCUCACUAUACAUGCGAAAAAAGUUGAGUGGCGAGCCUGUUAAAUUUAUUUAUGAUAUGGCUACACAAUUUAACUUUCCAAUACCGGAGAUGAAUGGUCAUGAUGAGAAGAAACCAACCCAAAAGUCACAUGUUUCUCUUCUUCAUAAAUUAGGAUACACGAUCGAUUUUGACCAAGCAAUUGAAAUUGACAGACAAAAUCAGAGAAGGCUCAUAGAAAAGAAAAAGCUUUCGCUUGUACUUGAUUUGGAUCACACCCUUUUGCAUACAAUUAACGAUUUUGAAUAUUCAAGGGAAGGUAAUAGAAGUAAGCCAUUUAGAGAGGUGUAUGAUAGCUCGGAGUUGCUUCAAAAGCAUAUCCAUCGAUUUUUCAUGAGAGGAACGUUUCACUUUGUCAAGUUUAGACCUAGAUUAGACGAAUUCUUGAGAAGAUGCAGCAAUUUAUUUGAAAUGCAUGUUUUCACACAUGGAGAGCGGCAAUAUGCCGACCAAAUUGGUUCCAUGCUAGAUCCAAAAAGAGAAUUGUUUGCUGACAGAAUACUCUCUAGAGAUGAAUGUCCAGAUAUUAAUACUAAAACUCUAAGCAAUGUUUUUCCAUGUAGUGACAAGUCGGUGCUCGUAAUAGAUGACAAAACUGAUGUUUGGAAAAAUAACGCAGACAAUGUUAUUCAAAUAGCACCCUAUGACUACUUUAGGCGUAUAUUUGGUGUACAGCUAGAUGUAAAUAACGCUCCAGGAAAUGACGCAGACAGAAAACAACUAAUGCCGUCUGCUCAACCUCCUAGACCUGUAAACUACAAAAUUAUUGAGAACACUAUUGAUGACUAUGAGGAAGAUGAUCAAUUAGAUGUUGUUUAUAAUCUCCUCGAGAAAGUUCAUACCGAAUAUUUUAAAGAUUUGACAUCAAAUGAGGAUGUUGACAACAAAGAUGUCAAAAUUAUUUUAAAAGAAAAAAAGAAAGACAUUCUGCGAGGAAAGCAUAUUGUAUUUAGUGGAGUCAUUCCGUUACAACAAGAUCCAAAACAACAUCCUGCAUGGAGAAUUGCCCAAGACUUGGGAGCUACAUGUUACACAGAUAUUUCACCUAACGUUACACAUCUUGUCGCGGGAAGAAAAGGAACAGAGAAGGUGAGAAAAAUAGAACAAAUGCCUGGUGUUCAUAUUGUACAUGAGUCUUGGCUGUAUGCAUGCAUGAAAUACUUGAAAAAGCAGAAUGAAUUUGAUUAUCAAAUCAUGGAUGUAAAACAUUAUCCCAUUAGCGAAAAUUACCCAAAAAGUAAGAAAGAAAUUGCCAAAUUCCAACAAGUAUGUGCCGAUUUUGUUGAUUACAUUCAGCAAGAAGCAUCUGAGUUGGCAAGAAUGCAAGAGGAAGAAACAGUAAAAGAAUUGGAGGCAGAUUUAUUUGGAGAUGCUGAGGCAGAAUCAGAGGAUAGCAGCAGUAGUGAAAGUGACAGUGAAUGA